AACAAGAGUCCAUUUUGAACCCAUACAAGCAAAUCAAUUCAUGUUGUUUCACUGUGAGGAAGACACACUUGCUGAGGUACCUGCACUAUUGAGUGUUUUAAAAUGCCAAUGGAAAUGUGGAUCAUUGUGCUGCUCCUUCUCAUGCGUCCGGCUUUCUGCAACAUUUCCCUGAGUGGUUUCCAAGGCCGGUUCACAUCUCCCAAUUACCCCCAAGGCUACCCCAAUGAUGAGCAGCAGAGCUGGGAUAUCCAAGUUCCAAGGGGCUAUGGCAUCAAACUCUACUUCAGCCACAUCGACAUCGAGCUAUCAGCCAACUGUACCUACGACUAUGUGCAGGUCUUUUGUGAUGAAGCUCUUCAUCCUCCAAUCUGUGGGAGUAGCAGAGAAGAGCAAGAUUUCCAAUUCCCCCAAGAGUACUACACCACUGGAAAUUGGAUGAGAGUCACAUUUAAAUCAGAUUUCUCCAAUGAAGAACGUUAUACUGGAUUUGCUGCCUAUUAUACAGCCAUUGAUGUUGAUGAAUGUAAGGAAGAGGAUCCUUGUAGCCAUUACUGCAACAACUACAUUGGAGGAUUUCAUUGUUCUUGUCACCCAGGCUACUUCUUGCAAGAAAACCAAAGAAUCUGCGGGGUGAACUGCAGUGGAGAAGUGUUCACAAAAUUCAAGGAUAUCAUCACCAGCCCCAAUUAUCCUGAAGUUUAUGCAGAAAAUUCCGAGUGCCAUUACAGAAUCCAGAUCGAUCCAGGAUUUGAGGUGAUCCUGCAAUUCGCAAAGGAUUUUGAGGUGGAAGGGGAUCCUUCAGUUGGUUGCACGUCAGAUAUCCUGAAGGUCACAUCUGGAGCAAAGGAAUAUGGCCCCUUCUGUGGAGAUAGCGCUCCAGUUAUUCCUGAACUUCUGUCAAAUGAGGUGAAGAUAACCUUCCACACCGACGGUCAAGGAGAGAGGAAAGGGUGGAAAAUAAUGUACAGAUCAACUGCCAAACAAUGUCCCACUUCUAUCUUGGAGCAUAAUGUUAUUCAGCCAAAUAAAUCAGAGUAUGAUUAUAAGGACCAUGUACAACUGAGCUGUGAUGAUGGGUACGAGCUCUACGAUUCAAAGCGAAAACUGCACAUCAGUUCUGCCGUGCUGCAAUGCCAGAAGGAUGGGACCUGGAACAGUGAACCAUACUCCUGCCGACCUGUGAACUGCGGACCUCCCAAUAAAUUGACAAAUGGCUAUGAGAACUUCACAUCCACAGUUUACAGAUACCAGAAUACAUACAGCUGUGAAGAACCAUACUAUAAACUUGAAGGAAAUGCUGUCUUUGAAUGCUCAGCUGAUGCUGAAUGGGUGGAUGUUACGAGUGGCCAGAAUAUCCUGCCAAAGUGUAAACCAGUCUGUGGGAUGAGCCGACUCUCCUCCAAACCUGGGCGCAUCUUUGGUGGCACACCAGCUGAGCUGGGCGAUUUUCCCUGGCAGUUGCGUUUGAUCAUUGGUGGAACUUCUUACGGGGGUGGAGCCCUUAUAUCUGAUGAUUGGGUCCUGACAGCUGCUCACCUCUUUGACAACUCACGUCAGGUGAUUAUCUACGGUGGGAUUGUUGACAUGAGAAAUAGGUUACCACAAAACCAGCUCCCUGUGGAUAAGGUCAUCGUGCACCCGGACUAUAGGAAGCAAACGAAAACUGGACAACCCAACUUUAAUCAUGACAUUGCCCUGGUUAAACUCCAGCAGAAGGUCAAACUUGGACCAAACUUGUCCCCCGUGUGCCUGCCUAACCCAGAAAAGGCAUCACCAUUGCAGAGUGGCAAAUUGGGCUACAUUUCAGGGUGGGGAAGGACGGAAAAGUUUAUCAAGGCUGUUUUCCUGCAGUAUGCUCAGAUACCUAUUGCCAGCAUGGAGGACUGCAAGCGAUCAAACUAUGAGGAACCAAAGCCAAUUUUCACCUCCAACAUGAUCUGUGCCGGAAAACCAGGUGUCGACUCCUGCCAGGGUGACAGUGGGGGACCCUAUGUGUUCAAGGAACCCCAGGACCAGAAUCGUUAUGAGACCAGGGGAAUUGUGUCUUUUGGUCCCAAGAACUGUGGUUUAAAUGGAGUGUACACUCAUGUGGAGAAGUAUCUGGACUGGAUUGAGACAGCCAUGAAGACAAACAAGAGCAAUGAGGAGAACAGACAACUGGAUUAAUACAUUAUGCCAUCAAUCACAAUAAAGUGUAAUGGUGAAUUUGUCUAUUCCCUCUUUCUCCCCAUUUCCCUCUCUCUCUCUCUGUGUUCCUGUUUUUCUCACCCUAAGAACCAAGAUAUUUUGUGGAGGUCAUACCCUUCUCUGUAUUUCUCAGUUUCUUUCUUACAUAAUGCCUGUCUUCAUCUCUCUCUCUCUCUCUUUCCCUUUACAUAAGUCAAAUUAAUUGAAAUGAACUGUGAAAUUGUUCUGCCUCCCAUUUAAAAUGAU